UGAGCGCUCCCGAAGUCGGUCUACGCUCUCAGUCGAGGCCGAGGCUCGUGGGCUUGGCCAAGGCCUCUCCUCCCAUCAUUUUUUUUUUGUCUGCUCCACAAAAGAUACUGACUCGGGCUCAGCUUGUGUUCGCUGCGGAUGACGUCAGUUACUCAAAGUUUUUGAGGUUUAUUCGAUGGUCACUUUCUAGGAGACUUGGACGAAGCAGAAACAACUGCCGUACACGACGUUUGAAUGUCUCCAUUUUGGAGUUUGAUGAAGGCAACCGAGAUGAACGUUAGCUCUUGCUAACGGGAAGCACCCGGCGAUUUGACGGGUUUAUUCGAGGGCAAGGAAUUCUGUUUUGGGGUGAACAAUGAGCAAUAUCGCUGUGAGAUGGGAUACUGCUGCGGAGAGACCGAAUGCUGCACUUACUACUAUGAGCUCUGGUGGUUCUGGUUAGUUUGGACCCUGAUCAUCAUGUUGAGCUGCUGCUGCGCCUAUAGACACCGCAGGGUGAAAAUGCGGCUGCAGCAGGAGCAACGGCAGCGCGAGAUCAGCUUAAUGGCCUACCAGGGUGCCUCCAGCUCCUUCAUUUCACCUCCACCACUCAACCUCAGAUUCUGGAAUGACUGCAAGCUUCCCGACUACGAGGAGGUGGUGGGUCAUCCUCCCACCCCGCCGCCUCCUUACUCUGAAAACCCUCUUGAGGCUGCUUCGGCUCUCCCUGCUCAAGUUAAUCAGCCUGCAGGCGCUAUCGCGGCGGCGCCAGAACCCUCGCAAGCCGCCCAGCCAGGGCCGGCCACCGAUGCCUUACCAUCCGACGAGGAUGCCACCUCCUCUCCGCCGACCUCGACUCGGGAGAACGCCGGGGAUCGGCUGGAGGAGGAGGACGACGAUGAGCUCAUCACUCGGCGCCGGCACGUGACCGGCGACUCAGGGAUCGAGGUGUGCGUCUGCCAGCUGGACGACGGCUCGGGGCUGGAGGAGGAGAGUGACGAGGAGCGGCGCAUGUGCGCGGCCGCCGGCGGGGAAUGCUGCUCCCGCCGCCAGCAGCACGCCUUCAGACACAAGGAGCACACCUGCGACAUGCCCAGCCAAGCCAGCAGCGCCGGCGACAGCAUGGUGUGAGCCGGCGGGUUUUCGACCAGCCCAGCCAACCUGGUGCGACACUCGACUUUAGCAUUGUCACCGCGUCUGCGUUUUAAUCCUCUCGGCUAACAGACAUCACGCUCAGGUGAUAAUGAUCAUUAACCCCUUGACAUGACACGCCGAUUUGUCCAUUUUGGUUCUCAGUUUCUUUAGUUUUUGCAUUGAGUGAAUUGAUUGGGAUUGACUAGGCCAUGGGUUCUCAAACUUUAGGGGUCCCGUUUUUUUUCCCUGUUGUGCGCCAGUUGAACAUGACUACCAUCUCUUCAGAUUUUUUUUUUGGGGGGGGGGGUUGACCAUUUCAAACCUAAAUAUUUGUGAUAUGUAUGAUGGAAAGAAACGUAUCCGAAUUGACUGAACUAAUUCCAUUGAAAUUAUUUCAAUAUUUAGCCAUCGCCGCUAGCUGAAGAGGAGCCCAAAGCUAAGCAAGGGAAUAGUCAUUGGGUUAUGUUAUGAACGUAAUAAAUCACUGCAAAUUAGUUUGUGGACCCGCAAGCUACAGCUUGCGGACCCCGGUUUGGGAACCCCAGGACUAGAGGACCACCACCACUUUUGGCUCGUUGGGAGCAUUUCCGCCGGCUCCUUCAGUUUGACACUGAACCGUCCGCUCGGGAUCUUAACCGUCGAGACGCAUACCAGCAGGGUCAACCACAUUUCCCUCCGGUCUCCACUCUGCUGAGCACAUGAGUGGAAAAGAAAAUGUGACUGGCUGACCGAAUGAACGUGUUACACCAAAUGUAGGUGCUCGGCUCAGGCAGGAAGAUGGCACGGUCCUUCAAAUGUUUGUUCUUUGUUGCGCUUCUUUAGUUUCCAUCAUUCAAGUCAAGGGGAAGGCCGGUGUUUUACUAGUGUAGUUUGGAAGAUGGUUUGGAGACUUGUGUGCAUGUUUUGAUCUCAAGCCCCUGUCCCACUGAGCGGUGAACAAUUGUCGUGUUUUUGAAGGCAACAAAUCUCGCGUUCACUUCAGAGUAGAUCAGUGUUCGUUCAAGGUCGCGAAACAUUCGCCAGACAUUCACCAACAGUUUUAGUGAUUUUGAUUUUUUUCAGUGGGAUAGGGGCUUUCACUUUGUUUUUUUGUUUUUUUUUUUUGCAUUGGCUGCAAAAUUUUGGCCUCUGAUAGUUGUGAAAAUGUUCCCUGUGCCGUCGCAACGUUCUGGUCGCGGCCUCGAGCUUCUCUGUAGCCCCAGCUCUUGGCACCCAGGAUUCAUUUGUUGUGGUAUUUUCCACUGGCAACAAAGAAAGGGAGAGCAGGGGUAGGGGGGGGCAGUUUGAAGUAGAUGCUGGCAAACUCCAAUUGUGAUUAACUGCAUGCUUCUCUUGCUGUCGCGUCUCCACAAUGUAUGUAGAAAAGGACAGUGGUCAAAACGGGGAGGAAAUCAAAGAUAUGUAUUGCGGAUUCAACAUGUGUUGAAGGCUAGCAGUGGUAAACGACACCAUGUUGGAAGAACCAAUGAGGAAAUUGUACUUUGAUUGAAGGAUAUACAGUAAAUCCGAUCUAAACAAACAAAAAAAAAGAAUUGAACUCCCCCCCGAGUAAU